AGAAGAGAGAUGACUUUCUCGGGUCAAGUAAAAAUUUUACUGUCUAAUUGUUCUCGUUUAAAAGGAGGUGAAAAUAUAACUGUAUAAGUAGGUGUCAAUAAUGAACUACUAAACUAGUGUAAACAGAAAUGCGUCUGCUUGAGAACUCGUGAAAAAGUACAUAAAGAAAUUUACAAGCGAAUAUUUCAGUUCGAUAACGACAAUCGUGCUCGUAACAAUGUUACAGAUUUUAUCAUUUUUCUAUUUCUUUUUCAUUAUCGUCGAUCUGGUAAUUUCAAAAUGUCCCGAAACAAGAAGACCUCAUCCAACAAAUUGCAAUUUAUUUUACAAUUGUGUCAAUUUACCGUCUGGUGAAUAUGUCUGGACACCGUCGAAAUGCUCCGAAGGUUUGAUGUUCGAGUCAUAUUUAGGAAUUUGCGUCCUGCCGAGCGAAACUUGGACAUGUGACACAAACUUUCGAGAAGAACAGCAAAUCAUCAGUGAAGUGAAAAAUUAUUUAAACCAAAGUUCCGACAAUUUAGAACUGAGCGAAGCACUAGAUUCAUCUUAUUCUCUGGAUACAACAUUCGAUAAGGAUAUUAAUCCACUGAUACCGAAUUUUUCAAAACAAAAUUUAUCAAUUUUAACCGAAGAUCAAACAAUCGAUGAAAAUACACCAGACGAAAAUUUAACGGAAUCGUACAAUUUUACAAAAUCUGAUAGAAACAUGAUUGUGAACAAUGUAGUGUUAUUGAAUUAUUUUAUCACAAAUUAUAUUAUUCGAAAUAACGAGAAGAAUCAGAAUACAAGAGCAAUUGAAAUAGGCAAAAAUGAAACUAAAUAUAAUGCAAAUACGGGAGAAAAAGCAAAAAAUGACAUUAAUCAAAUUAUUAACCGUUUUGUGAUUAACAAAAGUCCCACGAAAAAUGUUUAUAAGAGCCAAAAUGAUAAUUCUGAGACGAAAAAUGUUUGUAGAACGAUAGGCAACAUUCCUGAUUUAACAUCUAUUUUUCAUUACUAUUUGUGCUAUUCGAAUAAUGAAAAAACGAAGAAUCUCUCAUCCCUUCGUAUGAUGUGUCCGAAGAAUUUAAUCUUUUGCGCCGAAAAGAAAAUUUGUACGAGGCAACGAAUAUGUCGAAAAAGUGUAUCGAGCAGGGACAGUGUUAAAAAUAAUGAAUAAUCUAUAAAUUGUCAUAAGGAAAAUAAAGAAGAAAAAAGUGUUAAAAGAACAUUUUCGAAAUGAUUUCA